GUUUCCACUACUAGGAGUAAAGACCAGAAAAGACAAAGCAGGAUGAAAAGAUGGCUGACUUCUUGUUACCACCGGGUACUAACAGCUUCCACCGGUUCACGCCUGAAUCCUUGGCUGCUAUUGAGAAACGAAUUGCGGAGAAGCUCGCAAGGAAUGCAAAGCAGGAAUACAGAGAGCAGCUGGGUGAAGACGAGAAACCUCAGCCUCAAUUUGAUUUGCAAGCUUGCAAGAAGCUGCCUGAUAUCUAUGGGACUGUUCCUCCAGAGCUCAUUGCAGAGCCUUUGGAGGACCUUGACCCUUUCUACAGUGAUCGUAAGACAUUUAUAGUACUGAACAAAGGGAAGACAAUCUUUCGAUUUAGUGCCACUCCUGCCUUGUAUAUACUUAGUCCUUUCCAUCCAAUCAGAAGAGCAGCAAUUAAAAUUUUGGUACAUUCAUAUCCUUUCUGUUGA